AUGCGCGCACUCUCCCUGCACGAAGCGUAUCCGGCGCUGAGCCCGCUCUACCCGUUCGCCUUUGAGCGCGACUUUGUGCCGAGCUGGCAGCCGGGCUUUUGCGCUGACUCGAUGGGCCUCGCCAUUGGCCUCUGUGCUAUCUACUGUGUGCUCUGCUACACUGGCCGUCAUUUCAUGGCCUCGCGCGCCCCGUUCGACCUCAAGACGGCGCUCGCGGGCUGGAACUUGCUGCUGGCGACCUUUAGCUUCUGCGGUGCUGUUCGCACGGUGCCCUUCUUGCUCGACUCGAUCUACCAGCGCGGCGCGUAUGCGUCCAUUUGCUCGGAGGCCACGGACCACUACGGCAACGGCCCCACGGGUCUCUGGGUCGCCCUCUUCAUCUUCUCCAAGGUGCCGGAACUCAUCGACACGUUCUUUAUUGUCGUGCGCAAGAAGCCGCUCAUCUUUCUGCACUGGUACCACCACAUUACCGUCUUGAUGUUCUGCUGGCACGCGUUCGCUGUCCGCUCGGCGAGCGGCCUCUACUUUGUGGCGAUGAACUACUCGGUGCACGCGAUCAUGUACUUUUACUACUUUCUCACGGCCCGGGGGUACCGACCCAAGUGGGCGCUGCUCGUGACCGUCGCCCAGCUCAGCCAGAUGGUUGUCGGCGUUGCGGUGUGCACGAUGAGCGUCCUGUACAUUCGCCGAGGCGCGACGUGUUACGUCAACCACGACAACCUCAAGUGGGGCAUCCUCAUGUACUCAAGCUACUUUGCGCUCUUCCUCAAGUUCUUCAUUGAGCGCUACUGCUUCCCAGCUAAGCGCUCGGUGAAGAAGGUGCAGUAG